AUGGCGACCGCCUCGCCACUCCCCUCCAACUUCUCCACCUCCUCCACCCUCCCUCCCACAACCACACAGCCAGCAGCAUCCACAGGCUUCCAGUUCCCACCACACUACUCCUUUCCGCCCUUCUUCACGCUCCAACCCACCGCCUCAACCCGCUCCUCCCAACUCCUCUCCUGGUCCACCCUAAUCCAAUCCUACUGCCGGCACCACCGCAUCUUCACGCUCUCGCUCAUCGACGCGCUCGAAACACCUCUAUUCAACAACACCGCCCUCCGCCGCCGAUUAAGCCUGCGUGACGCGAAGACCAUCUUAACCUGGAUGUCCACGCCCGAAGGCGGGAACCGCGUCGAAUUCAUCAACGCCAGCAAAUCGAAGAAAGCCGCGGUCGAGGAGGAAGGCGGGCGGUGCUGGAUAUUCUGGCGGCGGCCCGAGGAGUGGAGCGCGGUGCUGGAGGAGUGGGUGGAUCGCACGGGGCAGAAGGGCACGGUGCUGACGUUGUAUGAGAUUGUGGAGGGGGAUGCGAGUCGCAAGGAGGAGUUUUGGGGGAUGGAUUUGGAGCUGUUGAUGAGAAGUUUGGGGGUUAGUGUUAAGAGGGGAAAGGCGCAGAUUUUUGGGGGCGAGGGGAGUGAGGGGGUGAAGUUCUUUUGA